AUGACAUUGCAUCGUUCACCCAUCACUUGUGAGUGUCUACUUUUCACAGCUCUCAUUUCUCCAAAAAGGAUUUUGAGCCACAUGGAGAACAUGCCUUUAAGCUACCCAGGUCCCCAGGGAGCACAGAGAUGGUCCUAUAAGCGAUGGCUCCUCUGCUCAGCAAUACUUCUGACGGUUUGCUCUUUCAGUGCACUAAUCCUUCCUUUUCUCCCACUCAAGGCUGCUACAGACUCCUGCCAGGCCAAGUUUGGACCACUACCCUCAAAAUGGCAAAUGGUACCUCCUGAACCUUCUUGCAUGAAUAAGACAUCUGACUGGAAGCUGACAGUCCUUAAGAAUGGCUUGUAUUUGAUUUAUGGACAAGUGGUUUUUGAUACAACUUACAAAGGAGUUGCUCCUUUUGAGGUGCAGCUACGUAAAAACAAGGAUGCCAUACAGACUCUAACAAACAACUUUAAAAUCCAGACUGUAGGAGGGAUUUAUGAAUUGCACACUGGAGACACAGUAGGUUUGAUAUUUAACAGUGAAGACCAGAUUCUAAAAAGUAACACCUACUGGGGGAUCGUCUUGGUAGCCAACCUUCAGUUCAACUCUUAG